AUGGUCCAGAUCCAGGAAGUGACCAACGAAGACGCGUGGUCGGAUGCGUCCUCGAACGCGUCGGACGACUCGCUCUCGGCCGCUCAACGACCCGGCGCCGCGCUCGACUCGGACGACGAUCACGACGACGACGACGACGACGACCUCGACCUCACACCUUUUGACCCCUCCACCGAAACGUUUUCGAGUCGUUUCUACGCUCUCAAGGACAUGAUCCCCCCCUCCACCCGAGCCUCACUGCACACCUCCGCGUCCACUCUCCAUUCCUGGGCCUGGAGUCUCGGUACUUGGGGAGGCAGUGCGGCGUGGAUCGCGUGCACGAGUGCGAUCUUGGUCGGUUUGCCCUUGAUGUUGGCCAUCGAGGGGGAGGCAGGUUUGGUGCAGCAGGAGUUGCAGUACAUGGGGCAGCAGGUCAGUUUUUUGUUCUUUUUACUUUGCGCGAAUGCGACCACGAAAACGAGAUCUCGCCCACCCAUCGGCAGAUUGUCUGCUCUGCCCGGGAAAGACCCUGCUUAUCGAAUACGAUCUAUGAUUAACAUCCAAUGUUCUCCCUCGACAGGCCGCGACACCGCAAGCGCAAACGCAAUUCGCCCAACCGGCGCAACCGGGCCAGAUCGUACCCCCCGGCUUUUAA